CUGGUUCUGAGAUCUCUAGUUUUCCAGGGGCUUAGGCUCCGCCUUAGCAGAAAAGAAGGAAAGGAAAUUGAGAGGGAAGUCAGAUGCCCCCUGCCCCUCACACCUGGAGGUGGCUGACUUGGAGGACUUGAGAUGGGGGGAAAUCUGAGUGAGGGCAGAGAGGAGAAAUGUGGAGGCUGCCCACAGGGAGGCUGGAGAGCAUAUGGCACAUCCAGCCUGGGGAGUGGCACCGCUGGGGGAAAGGGUGCAUGUGUCGGUGGGGAAGGAGUGGUGAUAGCAGAUGUGAGCUUGCUGUGUCCACUAAAAAGGUCACAGCUAUUUUUAGGAAGUAGGUGACAAGGCAUGUUCCGGUAGAACGGCUCAUUACUGAGAACCCACUGUGUGCUUAAAAGGAGAGACCGCCCCCACUCACCCUAGAGUCAUCCCCCUGGUGUCCCUGAGACACGGGACACUGGAUGAGGACCAGGUUUGGAGGAUGAAGAAGAUCAUGUAUUUGGUUUGGACAUACUGUGUUUGAGUUAUCUUUGAGAUACCAAAUAAGCUGUUGGGUCUGAGGCUCAGGAGGAGUCUUGGCUAGACAGACAUUUUUCUAGGUUGUGUUUGUGUUUGAAGUCAUGGGCACAGCGAGAUGGAAGAACUCACCUUGAACAGCUGAGUAAAGGAAGAUGAGCCUAUAAAGGACCCAGAAAAAGAGCUGCCUGAGAGGGGCCCAGAAAGCCAGCAGAGAGUUGUAUCUCAGGAGCCAGGAUCUAACCAUGAGUUACCCUGGCUAUCCCCCGCCCCCAGGCGGCUACCCACCAGCUGCACCAGGUGGUGGUCCCUGGGGAGGUGCUGCCUACCCUCCUCCGCCCAGCAUGCCUCCCAUUGGACUGGAUAACGUGGCCAGCUAUGCGGGACAAUUCAACCAGGACUACCUCUCGGGAAUGGCGGCCAACAUGUCUGGAACGUUUGGAGGAGCCAACAUGCCCAACCUGUACCCUGGGGCCCCUGGGGCUAGCUACCCACCAGUGCCCCCUGGGGGGUUCGGGCAGCCCCCCUCUGCCCAGCAGCCUAUUCCUCCCUAUGGGAUGUAUCCACCCCCAGGAGGAAACCCAUCCUCUGGGAUGCCCUCAUAUCCACCAUACCCAGGGGCCCCUGUGCCAGGCCAGCCCAUGCCACCCCCUGGACAGCAGCCCCCAGGGGCCUACCCUGGGCAACCACCAGUGACCUACCCUGGUCAGCCUCCAGUGCCACUCCCUGGGCAGCAGCAGCAGCCAGUGCCGAGCUACCCAGGAUACCCAGGGUCUGGGACCAUCACCCCCGCUGUGCCCCCAACCCAGUUUGGAAGCCGAGGCACCAUCGCUGAUGCUCCUGGCUUUGACCCCCUGCGAGAUGCCGAGGUCCUGCGGAAGGCCAUGAAAGGCUUUGGGACUGAUGAGCAGGCCAUCAUUGACUGCCUGGGGAGUCGCUCCAACAAGCAGCGGCAGCAGAUCCUCCUUUCCUUCAAGACAGCUUACGGCAAGGAUUUGAUCAAAGAUCUGAAAUCUGAACUGUCAGGAAACUUUGAGAAGACAAUCUUGGCUCUGAUGAAGACCCCAGUCCUCUUUGACGUAUAUGAGAUAAAGGAAGCCAUCAAGGGGGCUGGCACUGAUGAAGCCUGCCUGAUUGAGAUCCUCGCUUCCCGCAGCAAUGAGCACAUCCGAGAAUUAAACAGAGCCUACAAAGCAGAAUUCAAAAAGACCCUGGAAGAGGCCAUUCGAAGCGACACAUCAGGGCACUUCCAGCGGCUCCUCAUCUCUCUCUCUCAGGGAAACCGUGAUGAAAGCACAAAUGUGGACAUGUCCCUCGCCCAGAGAGAUGCCCAGGAACUGUAUGCGGCCGGGGAGAACCGCCUGGGAACAGACGAGUCCAAGUUCAAUGCAGUUCUGUGCUCCCGGAGCCGGGCCCACCUGGUGGCAGUUUUCAAUGAGUACCAGAGAAUGACAGGCCGGGACAUUGAGAAGAGCAUCUGCCGCGAGAUGUCCGGGGACCUGGAGCAGGGCAUGCUGGCCGUGGUGAAAUGUCUCAAGAACACCCCAGCCUUCUUUGCGGAGAGGCUCAACAAAGCCAUGAGGGGGGCAGGAACAAAGGACCGGACCCUGAUUCGCAUCAUGGUGUCUCGCAGUGAGACCGACCUCCUGGACAUCAGAUCGGAGUAUAAGCGGAUGUACGGCAAGUCGCUGUACCAUGACAUCUCGGUAUGGCACUGCUGCAGGCAGACUGGGCUCCCUUUUGGCAUCCAGUCACCUGUGGAACCUCCCUCCUUGGAGUGGCCGUAUGCUUGGCCUCUGUGCUGUGUGUGGGCAUCUUGUUUAAGGACCUCAGACUUGCUCAUCCCAUUGCCCCUAAACUUCUGAGGGCAGGUGGGUCAUGACCUUGCUGUCGCCCCCACCUUGCAUCCCCUAGCAGCAUCAGAGAACACUCAGGACCUCCUCAACCUUGACCACGACCUUCAGCGUCCCAACCACCCUGUGAUUCCUUGAUCUGUCAGUGAGAACUCAUGUCCCAAAGGCUCUGUGGAGCUCUGCUCUCACUCGCUGACAAAGCACUUGCACUCAGCUUUAUGGCAUAGGCCACAUAGUAAGGCUGUUCAGAGUGAAGGCCGUGGGGGGUCACGCCACUUGGAGUCCAGCUUUUCUACUUGCUAACUGUGUGACCUUGAAUAGCUUCCUUAAACCUCCCUGAACCCCAGCUCCGUUGUCUUUAAGAUGAGAAAAUAAUUGUUCCUUCCCGGGAAUGUUGUGAGUAUUGAGUGAGGCGGUGCAGGUCAAGUGUCUAUUAAACACUAGCCACUGUUGUAUUGCUGUGCGGCACAGCCAGUCUGACAAAAUACAUUCUCAGCUACAUGGUCUAACACUCAAA